AUGUCGUCGGAUCUACAGAAAGAAUUUGGAUACCCUGAGGUGAAUCCAUGGCGCGGAGCUGCAAGUCAAAGCCCCGCAAAUAAGGCCUCUGCGGAUGAAGAUGAUUUUGGGGAUUUUGAAGACCCAGAGAAUGAGGAGAAUGUCACACAUACACCUCGAAAUUCUUCACCGCCGUACCAUACUGUCAGCUAUCCCGUGGGUUCAGAAUGGAGUGGAACGCAACGGUUAUCAAUGGACCAAGAAUAUUUGCAAUCGUUUAUUCAUUCAUCCACAACGGAGGUUCGAGAAGUCCCGAGCAACCACGAUGACUGGGGAGACUUUUCUCAGCAGUCAGUCAUGUUUGAUGCCGAUGUGGAAGCUACAAGGCAAAAGAAAGAGACAGACCGGACGUUUGUCGAUCAACGUAGACGACUUGAGGCGCCUACGAAUAUCCAGCUUCAUCCAAAGACUAGUACAAAAGCAUUUACUCCUCCAUCUCCGAUCCCCGCUAUAACCGGGGCGAAUGUUAGCCAACGGUCACAGGGGUCUGGGAAAGCUCGACACCAGUCCUCGACAGAUGAUUCCAAGCGCCGAGUCGAAACAACAAAAGCAACAAAUCUUGAACAUCCGACCAUUGAUGACGAACCAUGGGUUGACUUCGAAGCAGCGGAAGCAGCAAAGUCUGGGCCGAAACCCUCAAAUGGUCCAAUUUCGCGUAGUUUCGGAGCAACAGAAGCCUCGAACCUUGGGCCUCCACCCUCAAACAUCCCACCACCGUCCAUUCUUCUCUCCGUCAUCGCAACAAUUUUUGGGUCUCUGGCCACAGAUCUGAAAAAAUCCACAUCAUAUCAGCCUUUAGAUCAGCCUAGCACACUCUCACAGCUCCGCGCCUUGUUAUCCACUAUGCGAGCAGCAGCUCGCAUCCUCGCCGGUCGCAAGCUCCGCUGGAAACGUGAUAAUCUGCUUUCCCAAAGCAUGAAGAUUGGACCGGCCCACUCUGGCAAAGCAGGCGGCAUGAAGCUCGCCGGUGUGGACAAGGCUGAAAGCCGGCGCGAAGAUCAAGAAGCUGCCGAAGCGCUGCAGGUUUGGAAGCAGCAGGCUGGGCCGUUGAGGUCUAUGAUUGCCACCGCGAACGGCCAAAUGUCGGAGAUUGAGCGCUUCAAGAUCCCUGAGAUCGCGGACAACAUGCUUAUCCGACAAGGGAAACCUAGCGAGGGGAUAGUGACUGCGCCCAAAUGUUGCUUCCUGUGUGGCAUCAAGAGAGACGAGAGAGUAGUAAAGGUAGAUUUUGAUGUGGAGGAUAGUUUCGGAGAGUGGUGGGUAGAGCAUUGGGGCCAUUUUGACUGUGUCGCCUUUUGGGAGAACCACAAGGCUUUUCUACAACAGCGUUGA